CCAUACCCACCACCACCACUGCCUGUCCGCUGUUCCCAGCCAUGAAAGUGCCCUACAAGACCUCGCUGCCCGAUGGCUUCGGAGUCGGCACCGUGAUGAGAGUUCGUGGUUUUGUCCCCGAUGGGGCUGACAGGUUCUACAUAAACCUGCUGUGCAGUGAGGAGCCGGAGAGUGAGACCGUCCUGCAUUUCAACCCCCGGCUGGAUGAAUCCACGGUGGUCUUCAACACCCUGAAGUGUGGCGAGUGGGGCUCGGAGGAGCGUGGCUUAGGCAUUCCCUUCCAGCGUGGGGAGCACUUCCACCUGCUCCUCAUCGCCAGCAAAACAGGUUUCACGGUUGUGGUCGAGGACGCGGUAUACCACCACUUUGUCUACCGGCUCCCAUCAGAGCGCGCGCACUUGUUGGAGAUAGGCGGGGACGUGCAGCUGCAGUUGGUGAAGAUCUUCUGAGCCUUCCCAGGAGGGCUGGUGGGGACGG